UUCCCUUAUACAAUGAGAUGGACUCUGACCUCACGAUCUACCUUGUUGUGACCUUGCACCUUAUUGCACUGCACUUUCUCUGUAGCUGUGACACUUUACUCUGUACUGUUACUGUUUUUACCUGUACUACCUCAAUGCGCCCUGUACUACCUCAGUGCGCUCUGUACUAACUCAAUGCACCCUGUACUAACUCAAUGCGCCCUGUACUAACUCAAUGCGCCCUGUACUAACUCAAUGCGCCCUGUACUACCUCAAUGCGCCCUCUACUACCUCAAUGCGCCCUCUACUACCUCAGUACGCCCUAUACUAACUCAGUGCGCCCUGUACUGCCUUAGUGCACCCUGUACCUCAAUGCACCCUGUACUGCCUCAAUGCACUCCGUUCUGACUCAAUGUAACUGCACUGUGUAAUGCAUUGACCCGUACGAUAGGUUUGCAAGGCAAGUUUUUCACUGGACCUCGGUGCAAGUGAGAAUAAUAAACUAAGACCAAUAAUUGGUCACCGAUCUUUUGCUGUAGAUCUGCAUUCUCUCUGAGGAAGAGGAUUCCCGCUGAACCAGUAACCCUGUCUCUCUCCCUCCCUCCGGGGAGUUUCCAGCAUCUCUAUUUUUAUUUCACAGCUGAAGAACUUGCGAUGCUGCCGACUCUGUGCCAGCCGGUGCACGUCUCCCCCUCCCUCGGGUCCCGGCACGGCGGCUCCCGUCCCCCGGACCUGUCAAUCAAGCCGCCGCCGGCCCGUUGAUGGGUCGGGGGGCCCUCCCAUUGGUCGAGGGCGGGUGUCAAUCAAUCUGGCCAUGACGUGGGCGGGGUGCAGGUCACGUGGGCGGGCGGCGUGGCCGCCGUGCAGAGGUUCCGCGCAGGGUGGCAUCGGUGGACCAUGUGCAGUCGGGACUCUUGGAGGUGAAGGGGGAGAUCCAGCAGAGUUCCCCCCACAACCAGCGCCGGCUCCCAUGGGAGGGGAGGGCGGCGAAGAGAGGCAGCGGGCAUCCUUCGCCCGGCUGGGCGGGGGAGAGGACGGAGGGCGGAGGAAGAGGAGGAAGGCGGGGCAUGGCAGACCCUUCACCUGCGCCGUCUGCGGCAAGUCCUUCGCCUACCCCUCCAAGCUGCAGGCCCACCAGUUGUCCCACACCGAGGAGCGACCCUUCCACUGCCUCGACUGCGGCAAGGGCUUCAAGAGCCCCCAGGAGCUCUGCCUGCACCGGCGCCUGCACGCCGCCGACAGUCCCUUCUCCUGCGCCGUCUGCGGCAAGGGCUUCGUCUACCCCUCCAAGCUGCAGAUCCACCAGCUGUCCCACACCGAGGAGCGCCCCUUCCCCUGUCCCGACUGCGGCAAGGGCUUCAAGAGCCCCCAGGAGCUGCUGAGGCACCGGCGGGUGCACACCGGCGAGCGCCCCUUCGUCUGCGCCGUCUGCGGCAAGGGCUUCACCGGCUCCUCCAACCUGCUGGCACACCGGCGGGUGCACACCGGCGAGCGCCCCUUUGCCUGCGCCCAGUGCGGCAAGUGCUUCGCCCAGUCCUCCAGCCUGCUGGUGCACCGGCAGGUCCACACCGACGAGCGGCCCUUCCCCUGCGCCGACUGCAGCCGCGCCUUCAAGAGCGCCAAGUGCCUGGCCAGCCACCAGAGGCUGCACACCGGCGAGCGCCCCUACGGCUGCCCCAGCUGCCAGAAGCGGUUCGUCACCCCCACCGGCCUCCGUGCCCACCGGCGGCUCCACACCGGCGAGCGGCCCUUCGCCUGCGCUGACUGUGGCAAGUGCUUUGCGCACGCCUUCACCCUCCGCAAGCACCGCGCCGUCCACGCCCGGGAGCGGCCCCACACCUGCGCCGAGUGCGGCCAGGGCUUCGCCCGCCCCUCGCAGCUCCGGGCUCACCGUGCCGCGCACACCGGCCAGCGCCCCUUCCCCUGCCCCGACUGCGGCAAGGGCUUCGCCCACUCCUCGCACCUGCUGGCACACCAGCGGGUGCACACCGGCGAGCGCCCCUUCUCCUGCGCCCAGUGCGGCAAGCGCUUCACCCAGCGCUCCUCCCUGCAGGCGCACCGCAGCACCCACACCGACGAGCGCCCCUUCCCCUGCCCCGACUGCCCCAAGGCCUUCAAGAGCUCCCAGAAGUUGAAGCAGCACCACGGGCUGCACGCCGGCGAGCGCCCCUUCUCCUGCACCGUGUGCGGCAGGGGCUUCGCCCGUGCCUCCAACCUGCGGACCCACCAGCGGGUGCACACUGGGGAGCGCCCCUUCGCCUGCCCUGUCUGCGGGAGGGGCUUCACCCAGUCCUCGCACCUGCUGGCCCACCGGCGCACUCACCCCGCCGUGUAGGGGGCAGCGGGGGCGCGGAGCGGCCGGACUCUGGGCUCUCACUUUGGUUCUUUGACCUGCCCUGGAGGUGUGUCGGGUCUCGGGGCACGGAAUCAUGCCCUUCGGCCCUACCGGUCCCUGCUGACCCAGCCGCCUUCCUCAGCUGGACCCAUUUGCCCGCGUUUGGCCCAUGCGACAGUACUGCACAGGAACAGGCCCUUCGGCCCACAGAGUUGUGCUAAAAUAAUUGAACACAAUUAAACUAAACUAAUCCCUUCUGCCUGCACAAUGUUCACACCUCCCAACUCCCUGCACAUCCAUGAGCCUGUCUGAGAGCCUCUCAAUCCCCUGUCGUAUCUGCCUCCACCCCCACCCCUGGCAGCACAUUCCAGGCCCCCACCGCUCUCUGUGUAAAAAAAACCCGCCCCGCACAUCUCCUGUGAACUCCCCCCGCCCCACCUUAAACCCACGCCCUCUGGUGUUGGACAUUUCCACCCUGGGGGAAAGACCCCGGCUGUCUGCUCUCUCUGUGCCUCUCGUCAUCUUAUAAACCUCCAUCAGGUCUCCCCUCAGCCUCCGCCGCUCCAGAGAGAACAACCCAAGUCUGUCCGAGCUCUCCUUGUAGCUCCUGCCCCUGAUCCAGGCAGCAUCCUGGUGAACCUCUCCUGCACCCCCUCCAAAGCCCCCGCACCCCUCCUGUAACGGGGCGACCAGAACUGAAUGCAAAUCCCUUUAAACCAGCCCUACACAUUUUAAAAUAUUCUAAUUGUAGCUGCCUCACCCACUCCCUCUGGCAGCUCGUUCCACACACGGACCACCCUCUGGGUGAGGAAGUUGCCCCUCGGGUCCCCAUUAAAUCUCCCCCCUCUCACCUUAAACCCGUGCCCUCUGGUUCUUGAUUCCCCAACCCUGAGGAACAGACUGUGCGCAUUCACCCUAUCGAUGCCCCUCGUGGGUUUAUACACCUCUGUAAGGUCCCCCCUCACACUCCAGGGAAUAAAGUCCCAACCUGCCCGACCUCUCUCUGUAACUCAGUCCCUCGAGUCCCGGCAACAUCCUCGUAAAUCUCCCUCUGUGCUCUUUCCCAGCUCGACGGCAUCUUCCCCACAGCAGGGCGACCAGAACUGAACGCAGUUCUCCAAGUGUGGCCUCACCGACGUCCUGUACAACUGCGACCUCACCUCCCGACUCCUGUCCUCAGUGCCCUGACCGGUGAAGGCCAGCGUGCCGAACGCCUUCUUCACCGCCCCGUCUACCUGUGACCCCACUCUCAGGGGACCAUCUCCCUGUACCCCUGGGUCCCUCUGUUCUACGACACUCCCCGGGGCCCUGCCGUUCACUGGGAAAGUCCGACCCUCAUUUGUCUUCCCAAAACGUGACACCUCGCACUGACCCGAACUAAAGUCCAUCUGCCGUUCCUCGGCCCACUGACCCAGCUGAUCGAGACCCCCCGUAAACCCUGAUCACCACCUUCACUGUGGACGACACCACCUAUUGUGGUGUUGUCUAACAGGGAAACAGUCCCCGUCUCUACUUAUAACUCCAGCCCUCCAGUCCCGGUAAUGUCCUGGUGAACCUUCCCUGCUCCCUCUUCAGCUGAAUCAGAGAGAAUUAACACUGGAGGAUCUCGUUCUCAGCUCAACCUCCGAUCCUCUGGAAUUUCCAAAACUAACAGCAAGGCAGCAGACUGUUCAAUCCGCACCUUGGGGAUGAGCUGUUUGUUCGGUCCCUGGUCACAGCACUACAGGAUGGGUGUGGUAGCAGUGGAGAGAGUACAGAAGAGACUCCCCAGGAUGUUGCCUGGAAUGGAGGGCUGGGGUUAUAAGGAGAGAUUGAGGCUGGGCUUCUUCUCAGUGGAGUGGCAGAGACUGAGGGGGGACCUUACAG